AUGCUAAAGCAGAUACACUUGAGCAUCCCUUUGGUGGACAUGCUCUGUGAGGUCCAAAAAUAUGAAAAAUAUAUUAAGGAUAUAGUGGCAAAUAAGAGGAGGUUAACUGAAUUUAAGACCAGCGCACUUACUGAGGAGUGCACUUCCAGGAUUAAACAUAAGCUUCCACAAAAGCUUAAGGAUCCGGCUAGAUUUACCAUCCCCGUGAGGAUUGCUGAAAUUGAUGUUGUGUUCAAACAAUUGGGAUUAGGAGCUCCGAGACCCACCACGGUGCUGCUACAUUUAGCUGACAGAUCUUAUGUUUAUCCUGGGAGGGUAAUUGAGGACGUCUUGCUGCAGAUUGGGAAGUUUAUUUUCCCUGCAGAUUUUAUCAUCCUGGACUACGAGGCUGAUGAAAGCGGUCUUCAAUGGAUAUCGAGUCAUUCAGUUGCCUCGUCAUUACGAGAUGACCUGUCCAUGAUUUUUGUAGUGAAGAUAAAUGAACCAGCCGUAGAGCCAAGUGCAUUUAAAGAAGAUGCACUAGAAAAGACAUUGAUGUUGUUCAAUUACUUGGAACUGGAGCAAGAGGUUGUGGAGAUGUUGCAAAUUUUGGAUGCAUCUUGUGAAUACAUAAGAGAAAGAUCCCAGUUUGAGCCUCUGGAUAGGCCAAUCGGCCUUCCCCCUAGACCCUCAGUAGGGGAGGAAGAAAAGCUCUUAAGGGUGCGGAGGGAGCACAAUCAUGCCAUUGGUUGGACAAUGUCUGACAUAAAGGAUUAUAGUAAGUUGAAUAAUGCUACACGAAAAGAUCACUUCCCCCUCCCCUUCAUUGAUCAAAUGCUUGACAGGUGUGAGGAGACUAAUCUGGUACUGAAUUGGGAAGAGUGCCAUUUUAUGGUAGGUGAAGGUAUAGUGUUGGGGAACAAGGUGUCCAAAGAUGGAUUGGAAGUUGACAAAGCUAAGGUGGAAGCAAUUGAAAAGUUGUUAGAGAAUGAUGCGCCAUUCAAGUUUGACGAUGCUUGUCUGAAAGCAUUCGAGGAGGUGAAAAAGAAGUUAGUGAGUGCACCAAUCAUAGUGGCUCCUGACUUGAAAGAGCCAUUUGAGCUGAUGUGUGACGCUAGUGAUGGUGCAAUUGUGGCCGUGUUGGGCCAGAGGAGUAGAAAAUCUUUUCACUCCAUUUACUGCGCAAGCAAGACUGUUACUCCUGCUCAAAUAAAGUAUACUGUGACAGAAAAGGGGUUGGUUGUUGUAGUGUUGGCGUUCGAUAAAUUUCGGGCCUAUUUGGUUGGAACCAAAGUCAUCGUCUACACAUACCAUGCAAUCUUCAACUAUUUGUUCGAAAAGAAAGAUGCUAAACCAAGGCUAAUCAGUUGGGUUUUACUCUUGCUGGAAUUUGAUUUGGAGAUCCGAGAUC